AUUUGUUUCAAAUUGGUUCUUUUCCCUCAAAAAUAGUUUGUUUUCAAUAUUUUAGCUUUUAUUACGCUAUGGUGAACUGAAAAAAACAUAUCAAAAUGCGGCGCAGUCUAGCGCCGAGCCAACUCGGCUCCGGGGAUAGUGUUUUUAAAAGCCCUCUGCUAAAUUCGUCCAAACGCAAGAAGCGAGAAUGCACGAAGACAGUCGCACCUCGAACCCUCACUCAAUCCAUGUCUGCAUCAGACCACGAGAACUUAAUCAAGCAGAUAUUGAGCAAGCCGUUCAGAGUGCCCAUCCCGAACUACGUUUCGUCAUAUUGUAGCAAAAGUUUAGGGUUAAAACGCACACAAGUCAGACGAGCGUUACACGACCCGGAUGAGCCGAAUGCCUUGGUCCUGUACCGCCCUCCACAUAUACCUGAACAUGAGAAGAUGAAAAUGAACCCGAAAGACAUUAGAGUCGCUGUUGUGGUCGAUCCUGUGCUAGGAAACAUACUCAGGCCGCAUCAGCGCGACGGAGUCAAGUUCAUGUACGACUGCGUGACCGGACAACAAAUAGAAAACGCCUUCGGCUGUAUUAUGGCGGACGAAAUGGGUCUCGGGAAGACUCUCCAAUGCAUAACUUUGCUAUGGACAUUGCUAAGACAGAGCCCGGAGUGCAAACCUACCAUUUGUAAAGCCAUCAUUGUGUGCCCGAGCAGUCUGGUGAAGAACUGGUAUAAUGAGAUCCAGAAAUGGCUAGCUUCGAGGAUUAACGCUUUAGCUAUGGAUGGAGGUUCUAAAGCAGACAUAAUCUUGAAGCUACAGCAAUUCAUGAACACAUACUCGGCCACUAGAGUUGCUACUCCAGUGCUGAUCAUAUCCUAUGAGACGUUUAGGAUAUACUCCAAUAUACUGCACUCAUCAGAAGUGGGCUUGGUUCUUUGUGAUGAGGGUCAUAGAUUAAAGAACAGUGAGAAUCAAACAUAUCAAGCACUGAUGGGUUUGAAAGCUAAGAGAAGGAUUUUGAUCUCAGGCACACCUAUUCAGAAUGACUUGACUGAAUAUUUCAGUUUAGUUCACUUUGUCAAUGAGGGUAUUUUAGGAACAGCACAGGAAUUCAAGAAGAAAUAUGAAAAUCCAAUUUUAAGAGGCCAGGAUGCCUUAGCGACAGACUCGGAGAGAGAAAAGGCACAGGAAUGCCUAGCAACUCUCACAGGAAUAGUCAACAAAUGUAUGAUCCGAAGAACAAGCAGCCUGCUCACCAAAUACUUGCCGGUCAAGUUUGAACAGGUCAUUUGCGUGAAAAUGACGCCACUUCAGACACAGAUCUAUAAAAACUUCAUCAAUUCUGAUGCAAUCAGAAACAAAUUCUCAGGCAAUGGAGACAAGAAUACUUUGAGUGCCUUGUCGAGCAUCACAACACUCAAAAAGCUCUGCAACCAUCCUGAUCUAAUCUAUGACAAGAUCCUAGAAAGAUCAGAAGGCUUUGAAAAAGCUAAAGACCUGCUACCAAGCAAUUAUGACAUCAAAGAUGUAAAGCCCGAAUACUCAGGAAAACUAAUGAUUUUAGACUGCAUUCUAGCUAAUCUAAAAACAAACACAGAUGACAAGAUAGUCCUUGUAUCAAACUAUACACAGACUUUAGAUCUGUUUGAAAAGCUGUGCCGUAAACGAUGCUACCAAUAUGUAAGGCUGGAUGGCUCUAUGACCAUCAAAAAACGAGCUAAAGUUGUUGAAAGCUUCAACAACAAAGAAUCUAAGGAAUGGAUCUUCAUGUUAAGUUCUAAAGCUGGUGGCUGUGGAUUGAAUCUCAUCGGAGCAAACCGUCUAAUCAUGUUCGACCCUGAUUGGAACCCGGCCAACGACGAUCAAGCUAUGGCUCGCGUAUGGCGCGACGGACAGAAGAAACCUUGCUACAUCUACCGACUCCUAGCUACAGGGACGAUAGAAGAGAAGAUAUUCCAAAGACAAGCCCACAAGAAAGCCCUAAGCGACACUGUUGUUGACCAAAAUGAGGAAUCCCUAAGGCAUUUCACAUCAGAAGACUUGAAAGACCUGUUCAGAUUAGAAGAGAACACAUUAUCUGAUACCCACAGCAAGUUCAAAUGCCGAAGAUGUGUAAACAACAUCCAAGUUACUGUACCUCCGGAGAACUCUGAUUGUACAUCGGACUUAUCGAACUGGUAUCACUGUGCCGAUAAGAAAAGCUUGGCCGAUCUUGUUCUUAAGCAAUGCUGGGACCUUGCAAAGAGUAUAUCCUUUGUUUUCCAUCACCGUUCCGCUAAGACUGAAGCGCAGAAUGAAAUAGAGGAUAAAGAAAACGUACAGGAGAAAAAGAGAAGGAAGAUUGAGAUAGAUGAGGAUUAUUCGGAGCCGGAUGACAGUGCUGAUGAAGAUUAUGCGUAAUUUAGAUCAUGUGAUAUUUUGUUUUUGAUUCUCAGACACUUUAAUUAUUAUUUGUCAAUACUGGCACAUAUGUGGUAAUCUAGAUCCACACAGAGCGGCACGUCAGGAAGCAAUUUUCUCGCGCGGCAAACGUGCGUAAACUUGCCUCGGCCGAGGCACGUUUACACACUGGUUGUUUGCCGCGCGAGCACAUUGCCUCGCUCUGUGGACCCGGCUAAUGCUUCAAGAGCAAUAAGAUCUUUUCCAUCGGAAAUUGUAAAAACUCCUCUAAAGGAUAGCCACAUAUGUUAUGCGCGGAUAAAUUAUGUUAGAUUUUCAGUGACUUUUUCUUUUCUUUAGGCAGAAAUUAUGUUAUUAAAUUGUGCUUUCCGAGAGUUUUGAACUGCAUAGAAAGUUUUACCUACAAUAAUUUGAUGUUUUGUACAUUGGCAGUCCUAGAAAUGUGUAAAAACCUCCAGUGAGGGUUGUACCCUCCCCUCCAAAAUGAGAAAUUAUUGUUUGACAUAAAUUACUUGAAAUGUAAAUAAGUCUGUGUUAAGUUAACUAUUAUGAAGAGUGAUUAUAUUUUUGCAAAUUUAUAA